CGCCUUUGAGAGGUCACUCAGUAACUUUUUAACGGAACCGGAAUAAUCGUCUUGUGCGUACGACGCGUGUCCAAUUUGGCGGACAAAACGACAUUUAUUGCCCUCAAAGGUAAAUUAAUUAUUUGGUGUUAGUGCCGCAUCCAUUUCAUCCCAGGGAGUCGUUAAUGUUCUAUUACAGAGGUUCCUGACAAAAAUUCUGCCGAUAUUAUAAAACUCUUUGCGCAUUAUGUCAAUUCCAUUUGCCGAUAUGGAUCGCGAUGACGACGAUGGUGUCGGUUUUGUACGGGAGAGUCAUUAUCUGAAAAGCCCUACAAUAGCAGAGCAACAGGCUAUGAGGCUUCUCCAGGUUCCGGGAAUGGAGAGGCAGAACGCCAGCAUAUCCUCCAGCAUGAGCGACAUGGACGUACCUAUUUAUUCAUCAGAGAAUCUCACAACCAGACCCAUCAGAGAAGUGCGAUCGGGCUUCAACGGACGAUUGGCGUUUGCUAUUGCGGCAGCUGCUCUAGGAUCGUCGUUUCAACACGGUUACAACACCGGCGUUCUAAACAAUCCUCAAAAAAUACUUGAACAAUGGAUCGCUGCCACCAUUCAGGACCGAUCUGGAGAGGCGCCCUCGCAAGACGGCGUCAUUAUGAUUUUCGCGCUGAUGGUCUCGAUAUUCUGCGUCGGUGGAAUGAUUGGAGGUGCUAUCACAGGAGUUGUCGCCGAAAAAUUUGGCAGGAAAGGAGGCCUGCUACUGAACAAUGUUCUAGUACUCGCAGCUGUAAUCUGCAUGUCCUCGUCCAAAGCAGCAGCUUCAUAUGAACUAAUUAUCCUUGGCAGAUUUUUGAUUGGUAUCAAUUCUGGUUUAAAUGCUGGUUUAGUUCCUAUGUACCUAGCUGAGAUAUCUCCAGUCAAUCUUAGAGGUGCCGUGGGUACAGUCUAUCAAUUAGUCAUAACAAUUUCCAUCCUGAUUGCCCAAAUAGUCAGUCUCCGAUCGAUCCUCGGUACUCCCGAAAAUUGGCCUACUCUCUUAGCCAUUACUAUUAUUCCGGCUAUAUUUCAAAUAGUAACAUUACCAUUUUGUCCGGAAUCUCCAAAAUACUUGUUGUUAUCUAAAGGCAGAGAUUUGGAUGCGCAAAAGGCCUUGUCAUGGUUCCGAGGCACCUUGGCUGUGCACGAAGAAAUGGAUGGUAUGCGUGCGGAGUACGACGCCAUAAAGCUAGUACCUAGAGUGACUAUGAGAGAACUUAUUACGAAUAAUGCUCUUAGGAUUCCACUAAUUAUUUCUUUGACGGUUAUGUUAGCCCAACAAUUGUCUGGAAUCAAUGCUGUAAUGUUCUUCUCCUCAAAAAUUUUCAAAAUGGCUGGACUGAACGACGAUAACUCCACAUAUGCUACUUUAGGCAUGGGCGGUAUUAAUGUUUUUAUGACCAUUGUAUCACUGGUAUUAGUAGAAAAAGCGGGCAGAAAAACCCUCCUGUUACUUGGAUUUGCUGGUAUGACUGUUGACACGUUGCUAUUGACCAUUUGUAUGUUAUUUGCCGAUCAAUCCAGGGCCUUGGGCAUUAUUUGUGUUAUUUUGGUAUUGGUCUACGUCAUAAUGUUUGCCUCAGGACCUGGCUCAAUCCCGUGGUUCUUGGUUUCUGAGUUAUUCAAUCAAUCAGCAAGGCCGACAGCCAGCUCUCUAGCAGUGUGCACUAAUUGGACCGCUAACUUUUUAGUCGGAUUGGCGUUCUUACCUUUAGCAGAAGCCCUUGGACCAUAUGUCUUUUUAAUAUUCGUUGUUUUGCAAGCCUUAUUCACACUGUUCAUUUACAAAAAGGUGCCAGAAACGAAAAACAAAUCACUGGAAGAAAUAUCGGCGAUGUUCAGACAGCAAUCAUAUCAAUAAUUUAGCAAAAAAAAAA